CGACAGCAUCUUGCUCGCCACGCCCAUUGUCCUUCUUCAACGUCAUCACACUCAGCAUACAUAUACAACACCACAAUGAGCGUGCAAACUACGCCAUCUAAGAAGGCAGCUUCUGCUCUCGAGAGCCUCAAGAUGGAAUCACCAGUGAAGAAGGUCACCUUCUCAGAAGCCGACAAGGAGAACCGCAUACAGUCGAAAUACGAGUCCGAUGAAGUCGCUGUUCCAAUCAAGGGCAUACCAGACCUGCCUGACGAGCCAGAAAAGUCUGUUGCAGCUACAUCAGUAGCCUCAACUAUCAAGGAAGAGGAGGCCAUCGAACCGAUAUUGCAGGAGAACCCACAGAGAUUCGUGCUGUUUCCAAUCAAGUAUCACGAGAUAUGGCAGAUGUACAAGAAGGCCGAAGCAUCCUUCUGGACAGCUGAGGAGAUUGAUCUGUCCAAGGAUCUUCACGAUUGGAACAAGAGAUUGAACGAUGAUGAGCGAUACUUCAUCUCACAUGUUCUUGCUUUCUUCGCCGCAUCUGAUGGCAUCGUUAACGAGAACCUGGUGGAGCGCUUUAGCUCUGAAGUACAAAUACCCGAAGCACGAUGCUUUUAUGGAUUCCAGAUCAUGAUGGAGAACAUCCACUCGGAAACAUACUCCCUGCUUAUCGACACCUACAUCAGCGAACCCAAGCAGCGAUCAUAUCUGUUCAACGCCAUCGACAACAUCCCAUGUAUCCGUAAGAAGGCUGACUGGGCAUUGCGAUGGAUCUCUGACAAGAACUCGACAUUUGCGUGCCGAUUGAUCGCCUUUGCAGCUGUCGAGGGUAUCUUCUUCUCUGGAUCAUUCGCGUCCAUCUUCUGGUUGAAGAAGCGUGGUCUCAUGGCCGGUCUCACAUUCUCGAAUGAGUUGAUCUCGCGAGACGAGGGCAUGCACACAGACUUCGCAUGCCUGCUCUUCUCCCACCUCAAGAACAAGCCAGACGCAUCACUCGUGCAGAGCAUCAUCGUCGAAGCUGUCGCGAUUGAGCAGGAAUUCCUCACCGAUGCGCUCCCGGUCAUGCUCCUCGGCAUGAAUGCUAAGCUCAUGUGCCAGUACAUUGAGUUUGUCGCGGAUCGUCUGUUGUUGGCACUCGGCAACCAGAAGUUUUACAACGCCACCAACCCAUUCGACUUCAUGGAGAACAUUUCUCUUGGCGGCAAGACCAACUUUUUCGAGAAGCGCGUUGGUGACUACCAGAAAGCUGGUGUCAUGGAGGGCAUCAAGAAGCAACAGGCCAAGAAGGAGGCUGAGGAGGGUGUCGCUGCACCCGUAAUGAAGGGUGAUUUUGCCUUCGACGAAGACUUCUAAAUAAUUUAUGCAUUUGCGGCUGGCGUUUCUGGACACAACUCACGGACGAGCAUGGGAAGCGGCGUUUUGAUGGAUGGAUGAUACCUUUGCUCACUUCUCAUUUUACAUGGAAAGCUACAGAGGCACUACAGUGACAGCGUUAAUAGACGCUCUGGAUAAGUGACUGCUCGAAACAUUUUAAAUCAAGACGUAUCUGCACAAGAACCCUGCCCUUCCAG